GUCUGAGGUUGAGAUUAUUUUGCUUUAGAAAGUUGAAGUUAGAUGAUGAGACAAACUAUAAAGAAAAACUAAAUAUUUAUUAUUGUUAUUAAUUUCUAUUAAUGAGACUUACAUAAUGGUAUAUUUAUACAUUUAUGCUACUGAAAUGUUUUGACUGCAAUAACCCGCAAGUUGAGAAACUAUUUUUGUUCAUGAUAAUUGAUAAUAAUCAUAAAAAUAACGUGUUGUUUGUUGGCAGUAUUCAGACAUUCUUCACAACUUACAGUUAAUUUCGUAACCAUAUCAAAACUUAAAAAAUAAAAUCAGAAAGUAGUUUAGGUGCUUCUGAGCCAAGAAUGUCUGAUAAAGAAGAGCUAAAGAAAAUGGUCUUGAACUUCAGACUUUCUGAACUACAAGUUCUCCUAGGAUUUGCAGGAAGAAAUAAGUCUGGGAAAAAGUCUGAACUUCAAGCGCGUGCAGUGGAACUUUUGAACAUGAGCUCAAUGCCUAUACAAAUGAAGAUACGAGAACUUCAAAAACACAUUGAGGCUUACAAAGAAUGCCUACCCAAGUACAAAAACUGCCUCGAUUCUGUGCUUAGGUAUCCUGCGAAAAGUGCUCUUGGAAACAACCCAUCCUCAUUAUAUAAUGUGCCUCAACCUACGGCAAAUAUUAAUUUGCCAUUGAACCACCAUUCUACGUCACAGUUAUCUCCUGAAGGUAGUCUUCUGCCUCACCAUAAUAAAAUGGACUACCACCACAGUAAAUCAGUCAUUUCCAACAUUCCACAUACAUAUGAUGUUCCCAGCUAUCCAGUUCACCCUGAUGUGCAUUUUAAGUCUUUGCCAUUCUACGAAAAUCUAGGAGAGCUUCUUAAGCCAGCAAGUUUAAUGCCUUCAAAACCUGGUCGGUUUCAGGAAAGUGUGUUCUUCUUUCACUUAACACCCCAGCAAGCUCAUGAUGUUGCUAUGUCAAGGGGAAAUAAAGAGUAUGGUGUACAGGUUCAGUUACGAUUCUGUCUUUUGGAGACAUCAUGUGCACAAGAUGAUAACUUUCCACCUAGCAUUUGCGUGAAAGUUAACUCAAAAGUCUGUCCACUUCCAAAUCCUAUUCCCACAAACAAACCAGGAGUGGAACCUAAGCGACCUAGUCGGCCAGUCAACAUCACAGGCCUUUGCAGACUGUCACCCACCUGCCCUAACCACAUCAAUAUAUCAUGGGCAUCUGAAUAUGGGAGAGGUUACGUUGUAGGUGUGUACAUUGUCAGAAGACUGAGUUCAGAAACCUUAUUAAGUCGGUUAAAAGCUUCUGGUGUAAGAAACCCUGACCAUACCAGAGCUUUGAUUAAAGAGAAACUUCAGCAAGAUCCAGAUUCUGAAAUAGCUACAACAAGUCUCAGGGGAUCUUUAAUGUGUCCAUUAGGAAAAAUGAGGAUGCAGGUUCCUUCUCGUGCAUCUACCUGUUUGCAUCUUCAGUGUUUUGAUGCUUCUCUGUAUCUACAAAUGAAUGAGAAAAAGCCCACAUGGAUUUGUCCAGUGUGUGACAAACCAGCUCUUUUUCAGCAUUUAGCUAUUGAUGGAAUGUUUAUGGAGAUCAUCACGAAAACACCCAGUGAAUGUAUGGAGGUUCAGUUUCAUGAGAAUGGUUCCUGGACCCCUGUGCUUCCUAAACAGUCAACUCAAGUUAUUCACAGCUCAAAUGUACAGAAAAACACCAGUAUUGUUUCUCCUAUACCAGCAAAGAAAAAACAUACCUCCGAAGUUAUUGAUCUAACAAUUGACAUUAGUUCAGAUGAAGAAGAUGGCUACCAGCCUCCAGUCUCACAGCCCCAGAUCAUUGUGAAACCAGUUAAACCUGCUGCAGAUAUUUCAGUACCAACAAAUGAUGAUCUUUCUUUAUUAUUGCCAUCUUCUCAUGUUUCUUCAUCGUCUAACUCAAGUGUGUCUUCUCUACCAGGCUCCUCCAGCACCUCAUUAUCGACAGGAGAUGUUUCUAGUUCUCAGCAGUACUCCAACCAGUUUUAUUCAAAAUCAUAUUCUUUAGAAAUUACCUCCACUCCAGUUACCUCAACCACUUCAUCUACAUUAGUCAGUAUGUUGGCAGACAUGCCAUCUUCAAACCAGCCAUCAUCUCAAAACACUACCAGAUAUCCCAGUAUUUCCUACAUUAAUGAUUAUCCACCAGUCUCCAGUCCUUUUCCAGAGUACCUAUCAUCUUCAAGACAUAAUUUAUGCUUCCAAAAUUACCAAGAUAUUUAUUCCAUGCUUCAGAACAGUGAUAGUGAACAACAGUUGUCUGUAAGCUCAACAUGGGAUACUGAACUUGGAAGACAACAAAGCACGACUUCGCCAGAUAUUAUUUCCCUUGAUUAACAGUUUUCACUGAUGGAUUUUUCUGAUAUAUAUAUGUAUAGUUAGAUAUAUACAAUUUUCAUUUCAUAACUACAAAGCCAAUGACUGCUUGUGUUAAGUUUUGCCAUGUUAUCUUGUCAUGGCAUUGUGACCACUGGGCAAGUUUCAUACAAACAUUAUUUUAUAAAGCAUUAGAAUUAUUCUGUGGCCAAAUGAUUGAACACCAAAGACUAUUACAUGAAAAUGGUGGAAUGAUAAUUUUUUGGAAUAAAAGAGAAUAUUUCUUCCUUGUAUUUCGAAUAUAUGUUACAAAUACUGGAUUCAUGAUUUUGAUAACUGGACUGUAAAUAUGUCACAACAAACUGUUGUACAAGUAAAUAUACAAGCAUUAUGAAAAGAGCGUGUCUGUAUGUGUUUUGAAAAUAGCCAGAAAUAAAACCUAUCUAAAAUUGUGUCUUUAAGAACCUAGUAAUUAAUAUUUAUCUAAUUAUUAUAGAUGUCAUGCACUUUAUGAAGUCUUUCAUUUCAUUUAAUUUUGCUACUAAAUUUAAAGUUCUUUGAUUGGGCCGAAUUUUGAUAGUCAAUUUGCAUUGAAAGCACCAUCAUUUUUUUUUUUCUGUAUUUCAGAAGUAGCAUUUAAGUAAAAAUUCAGUGUUUUAUUAAUAUUGUAACUUAGUGGUAAGGUAAUACAUUAAAAGCAGUACAAAGUUUCA